AUGAACCUUGGAGAAUACCGUUCAAAACAUCAAGUGUACUCCAAAUUGGGGAAGAUGAACAAGGAGGUCAUGUUGUUUAAUGACUUGUGGAACAACAUGAAACGUCAAUGGAAAAGUGGAGAAAGCGAUGAAGUGAUUUUGAAGAAAGUGUUGAAAGUGUAUCAAAAAGAAAAUCUGAAGGAUUUCAAGUUUCUUGAAGUUUGGAAUUUCUUGAAAGAUAACAGGAAAUGGCUGAGUAGCAAAACAUCAGACGAGCAUAUCGAUAGUGGGUCAAAACGCAGGAGAACAUCUAAGUCCGACCACGCUACAUCAGAUGCUCGUGUUCAAUUUGAUUUGAACAAAGAUGAACCUGUUCCAGUUUCACCACCUUCCCGACCAAUGGUAAGAGACAAAUCAAAAAGCAAAGGCAAAGGCAAAGCGUCAGAUUUAGAUGAUUUGAAAGAAAUUGGAGCCGACAUGAAGGGUAUAAAAGACAGAAUGGACAAGAUUUUGCAAAUUGCUUCUGAAAGAGAGCUUCGGAAACAAAGGGAGAACGACAUGCGAAUACUAGCGACGGACACGUCGAAUAUGACCAGGGCCGAGCUUGAAGUGGUUUUGGCGAUGAAGGAGGAAGUGAAAAACAUUACGUCAAUCGUGGCUAAUUUCUAG